AACAAGUUAACGCGCCGCAUCGUUCCUGGCCAGCCGGUGACGUCGUCUACACGACUGUCUGGCUGCAAAACGGACUUAGACAAAAGCAACAGAAAACCGAAGGGCGAGGAGCCUUGCCACAAAGGAUUAACACAUUUACCGUCCUGGAGUACACAUAUGGCUUUUCUCUGAUGAUUUUUGCGCAACUGCUGGGAUUGGAUCGGGCCUUUAUUAUUUUAGAAAUUAUUAUUUGGAAGGACAAAGCGGGCGGAUGUUUUUGUAGCUCUUCCUCCGUACUCUGUUUGUCACCUCUCCGCCGCAUUGAUUUCUUUGCACUGAGCAGUUGUCUGCUGAAAACCUGGUCCGGUGCCUUCCCCCACCUUCCUUCCUUCCUUCUCCUCUCUUGCCGAUCGCUCCUUCGGUGCCCUCCUUCUUUCUUUCUUGGGCUCCGAAGAUGCCCAGCUCACUUUUCGCCGACCGCGGCGUGCAGGGAGAUGCGCUAGACGACCAGAGAGCCCUGCAGAUCGCCCUGGACCAGCUCUCUCUGCUCGGGUUGGCCCACGACGACGACGACGACGACGACGACAGCCAGGAGACCCGGAAAAAGAGCGUCAACAUGACUGAGUGCGUUCCGGUGCCCAGCUCCGAGCAUGUGGCCGAGAUUGUGGGCAGACAAGGUUGCAAGAUUAAAGCACUGCGAGCAAAGACCAACACCUAUAUCAAGACUCCGGUCCGAGGUGAGGAGCCAGUUUUUGUAGUGACAGGCAGAAGGGAGGAUGUGGCGAUGGCCAGGAGAGAGAUCAUCUCAGCGGCAGAGCAUUUCUCGCUGAUUCGAGCUUCCAGAAACAAAAACACCAGCUUAAAUGGCAGCGGUACUCCAGUCCCUGGCCCCCCUAACUUACCUGGACAAACCACCAUCCAGGUGCGAGUACCCUACCGUGUAGUGGGUCUUGUUGUAGGCCCCAAGGGCGCUACAAUUAAACGCAUCCAGCAACAGACCCAUACUUACAUUGUGACUCCCAGUCGGGACAAGGAGCCUGUGUUUGAGGUUACAGGGAUGCCAGAAAAUGUGGACCGAGCCCGUGAGGAGAUUGAAGCUCACAUUGCCAUGAGAACAGGGGCUCUUAUCGAGGUCCAGGAUGUAAACGACUUCCAUGCCAAUGGAACAGAUGUGGGGAUUGAUCUGAAUGGGCACCCUACUCUGUGGUCGAAGCCCAGCGUCGGGAUGACCCCGACCAAUGUGCGCAAAACCUUCUCCAAGUACCGCAAUGACUCGUCCUCGUCCCUAGGAAGCGCCUCCACAGACUCCUACUUUGGCACUAAUUCCCACAUGGCAGACUACAGCCCCCCCAGCCCUGCUCUGAGUUACACAACCAGCAACAUUAAUUGCAACAACAACAACAACAACAACAUCAGUGUCAACACAAAUGGCAAUGGGUUUGUUUAUGGAAAUGAGGCAAUCUCUCCUGACUGCACUGAUCUGACUUUUGAUUCCCCGCCAGGGCUUGAAUCUACGCCAGCCCAACCUGCGAUUUUAUGGUCCCAGUACGAAAAUCAAAGCAACCCUUCUUUGACCAGAGGCAGCUCUUCCAUCUCCACGACAGCCAAUUCCAAUGGCAUGAUGAUGAUGAAUCAGAGAAGAAUGAACAGAGAGGCAUCCCAAUCCAGGAUGUCACCGGCCCUCCACACUGGUCCCAGCGAGCACCAGUUGGCUCCAAGGGUCUGCGCUGACCUUAGUGAAGACUUGCUAAGUUUCUCUGGCUAUGUCAACACCGUUGCCUCCCUGACAAACUCUCACCUUGCUUGUGUUCCAUGUGAAUCCUCUGCCUCUUCUUCCUCCUCUUCCUCUUCCACCAGCCGUAAAGGCAGCCGCGACUGUUCAGUGUGCUUUGAAAGCGAGGUCAUUGCAGCACUGGUGCCCUGUGGACACAACCUCUUCUGUAUGGACUGUGCCAAUCGUAUCUGUGAGCGAAGCGAGCCCAAAUGCCCUGUCUGCCACACCGGUGUUACUCAGGCUAUACGUAUAUUUUCAUAAGAAUGUGACUCUUUAAUGAGACCUGUUACAAUAGGUACCGUUAGACCGUUUGGAAAGUGUACAUAGAAUUACAUACAGGUGACGCUGUGGUAUGAGAAGGAAAAGAAACACGUUUGAGUUUGUUGGAUGAAGUUCAAGUGUACUGUAGCUGAAAUCAUUUCAGCAUGUUUGAAAUAUCACAGAAUCAUUAGCUCUGGUCCAUUGUACCCAAUACUUAUGUGACUAGGGAUGCAAGUAUGUGGAUCAGACGCAAGCCAUCCAGCUUGCCUCAUGGACAGUUGACAGUAGCUGGGGAGCAAAACAGGACUAUUGACAUACAAAGAUACUUCAGCUCCUGUUUGCAGAAAUAUCCUACAAAUUUAUGUGUAGAAUACAUUUGAAAUGACAACAGAUUGAAGUAUUUGCUCCUUUUUUCACUUGAAAAAGUAUAUUUCUUAUUGCAAAGAUGUUUACAAGAUAUUUUUUAGUUCAGUGAAACCUUUGAAGCUGGGAUAAAAUCAUAUUUUUUAGUAUGGCCUAAUGGCAAAGAUCACUGUAUUAUUUUAAUGUCAUAUUCCUGUGUGCAGGAGAACCAAGUCCACAAAAUAUGUUUUGCAUUGGACAGUAUUCUGUGUAGAUGAAGCUUGAAUAGUUUCAGCACAAUUUUAAAUCUGCUUCACUUAUCAUAUUUUUUAUUCAAUAAUAUAAAGCGUAUUUUAUUCUCUGUUUAUGAAACAUUGAAAUGUGCAAAGAUGAACACAAAGAAACAUUUUACGCUUUCUAAAAUUUGUAUGUAUUAGAUUUUGGUGGGAAUUACAGGAUUCUGUUGCACCACUGUACUUUUAGUAUUUCUAUUUUGAUACAUUUCUUUACCACUUGCUUAUGUAUUUGUAGUUAUUUUAGUGUAAAUGUACUUCAUUUUAAGAACAAAUAUAUUUUAUUUUAUGAAAGAGGACCUGGAACCUCAUGGUCAAACACUAACUUUAUAUUUCCUGAGACAAGAUUUAAAAAUGUAUCAAGAGUUUUUAUUUUUCUGAAAUUUAAAGUAAUACAUGAUAAGUAAUGGUGCUACUUCAUGUUUUUUUUUUUUUUUUUUUAAGUAUUUCUAUACAAGUUAAAUAAAAACAUUGUACACUUGA